AGGGAAACAGGGUUGAAUAUUAAGUACCAGUACGUCCUCUUUUCGGAACAAUUGUUUAGAGGUGAAUCUGAAAUGUUUCGAUAUUUUCGUCUUACACAGUUGACAGCUCUAUGUAGAUCUACACUUAGACAAAGAUGUACAGACGCAAGCACUUUGACCGAAGGAGAACUGAAGAUUGUUAAUGUACUCAAGGAAAAAUUUCCCAAAGCUUCUGACAUACAAGCUUUAGAUAUAUCAGGAGGAUGUGGGUCCAUGUACAAAGUUUAUGUAGAAUCAGUAGAAUUCUCUGGACAGAGAACAUUGAAUCAGCACAGAAUGGUGAAAGAGGCACUGAAAGAAGAAAUAAAAGAUAUGCAUGGGUUAAAUGUAGUGACAAAAGUACCUAGCUGACAUGUACCUUGCUUUAUUAUACCUUGGAGAUUUAUAUUAAUCCAUAUAACAAACAAACACACGGAAUUGUCAUCUAUACUAUGUAUAUAAGGCAAUUCAAAAGUAUUUUGAGAUCACAUAACCGAACAAAUAUUGAUGGAUGCAGCUUUGUAUUUUGAUUUUUUCUUACAUUUUGUAACUUUAUCAUCAGACUAUUUCCAAGCAUUACAAAUCCAUAAAUGCUCUCUUUGUCGCGCAAUAUCAUGAAAAUGAAAAGUGUAUGAAUGU